AGGAAUCUAUAGCCAACCACCCACCCACAAUCCAAUCUAUUUGAUGAAGAGAGGUCACCUUGCCACGUUUACAGUUUUACCCUGAUUAUAGAAAGCUAUCUCGUACGUCCCUGAAAGAAGGAAUAUUUGCAAACUAUGGAAUGUGUGUCUGAGUUCAGUGCUGAGCUGGUGCAAUGGAAGAACUUGCUUCCCUGCAUCGUGGUGAUGCUCAAUCCUCUCUUUUGGAAUGUUGUGAGCAGAAUGGAGUACAAGACCCACUUCAUAUCCAACCUGUUUGGUGGUCCCAAGAAGGGAGUCACUGCGCUAGCUAUCGGAAUUCUCUCCAUGAACUAUCUCAGGACGUCAAUUUUCCACAAGACAAUCGAUUCUCACGGUGCUUGUCAAAUUCUUCAAAAUGAUGUCUGCAAUGCUAUUGGAUAUUUGUUUAUUACUAUCGGAUCGGUUUUUGUGAUAGCAAGCUCCUAUCGACUCGGAUUUUUCUGCAGUUUCAUGGGAGAUUAUUUUGGCAUUCUACUGGAUAGUCGAGUGACUGGUUUCCCAUUCAACGUUGUUGAUGAUCCUAUGUACGUUGGAUCUGGGCUUGUGUAUCUUGGUAUGGCUUUUCAGCAUGCAAGCAUGUUUGGUUUUCUGCUCACUGGCUGCAUUGCUAUCAGUUAUGCCAUCGCAUUGUUUUUUGAAGGACCGUUCACUGCACAGAUAUACGUAGAUGCUUCAGAGAAGGCAAAGUCUCAGAAGGCGAAGUCUCAGUGAGUCUCAGUGAAGAAAACAUUAGGUUCAAACAUUCUAGUCUAGUGUUAAGUUUUUGGCAUAUUUAAAGUUGGUGUAUUUAUUUUCUGUGAUGAUUGUGAUGUUGUGAAUAUUCA